GCACUUCCCACAAUCUGACGCGAAAGUGAAACAUCAAAUUUAUCGAGCGUGAAAUUUGAGAAGUACAAGUAUUUUUCAUUCGGAAAACAAUUUAUGAGCACGUCAGAUUAGCGGCCCAUAAAUGAGCAGAGUGCGGCAGAUGCGGUUUAUAGAUCUUUGCGUGCUUUGGCUGACAUUCUUGAGUAUUUGCAAUGGCCAGAUUCCCAAUACGCCCUUUCAACAGACGCCGUUUCAACGGCGCCAACAACAGCAGCAAUUGCAGCCUCAGCUGCGCCAGCAACUGCAACAGGUGCAGCAGCAACCACAACUACGUCAGCAAGGACUCUUUCCCGCACAAGCUAACGUCUUGAAUCCCCUUAGCCCGCUGUCGGCGCAAAUUGCACCGGUUUCUCCGUUGGGAGCUGUGAAUCCUUAUCGCUACAAUCAGUACAACCAGCAGAACUAUGUGCCCAUCACCGCCUAUCAGAAUGAGCUCAACCUCGAUGGCAGUUUCUCCUAUGGGUAUUCCACUGCCGAUGGCACAACGGCACAGGCACAGGGCUAUGUCAAGAAUCUAGGCUAUGGCGAGGCUGUAGAGGCUCAGGUCAUACAGGGCUCGUACUCGUACACCUCGCCCGAGGGCACGCCCAUCACAGUGCGCUACAUUGCCGAUGAAAAUGGCUUUCGAGCUGAGGGCACGCACAUUCCAGCGACGCCACAGUACCCUUCAGGCAGCCAGCCUUAUCAACAGGGCGUGCUGAAUCCAAACUUGAAUCCCUAUCAGACACCCUACCGACAAUUCCCUCCACCCAGUACAGCUUAUCGGCCAUUGCCAGGACAGCAACUGCAAUUGACGCCCCAACAGCAGCAGCAGCAGCAGCGUAACUUCCAACAACAAAGUUCUGGACAAUUUCAGCCUGAGCAGCCAUUUAAUACCCUUAACUCGGGAAAUCUGCCGGCGCAGUAUGCUGGCCAGUUUGGACAAUUUGGUCAGAUCGGCGCUUUCGGCAGCAACUUGUCGCCACAGCAAGGACAACAAAACCUAACACAACAACAACAGCAACAGCAGCAACAACAACAGCAGCAGCAGCAACAACAGCAACAGCAAAACGAUCAACAAAAGGAGCAACAACAGGCGUUGAUAACACAACAGUUACGAGGACGUCCCAAUCAGCUAGUGGAUCCGUUCGCUUACAACCAAUACAGACGUUUUAAGAAGUCAUCCAAGAAGUGAAAGCGAAAAUUAAUUUUA